AUUACACCACACAACAAAUGUGACAAAUGUUUUCUUUAUUUAGAAAUCUUUAAAUGAUAAAGAGUUGUAUGUUAUCGUUUAUAGUUUAAUUAACAACAUUUCUUUAUGCAACCAAGUUAUGUUAAUAAGAUGGCCAACGUUGAACUUCUCGGUAGUUUAGUAGCAAGAAAUUUUCUUGAUUUAUCAAUCGAGUUAAAAUUAAGAACAUCAAAACAUAAAAUAGUGGUUUAUUUAACAUUGUGUCCACAAAGUCAAGAAAAUAAACUCAAGGACUUUUUUCCACACACGAACAACACAAUAAGACUUAAAAAUAUUCAAUUCAUCAAGACUUAUACAUCAAAAAACGGAAAUAUAACUGAUUAUUACAUCGGAGAUUCUUCAACAACAAUAGAUAUACUAACAGAAAACGAUCAGAGUUAUUUAAAUGCAUUGGAUGAUUUACUAUCAGUCAAUACAAUGAUGGAGAAAUUGUAUAACCAAAAUAAAUACAAUACCAACAGUUUAAACCUUCUACAACUCAUGGAAAAACAUAAUCUAAGUGAAAAGCACUUAGAAGUGUAUAUUUGGUUGCCUGAAUUAUAUCCAAGAUUGAUUGAUGAUGAAUAUGGAAGAUUUUCACUGUUUAAAUGCUUAUCAGAAGAAGGCAUCAUGAAAAAAUUAUGUUUAAACCAGAAUAAUGAAAUUUUAUUAAAUGAUAAACAAUUUAUAAUGAAUACAUCAUCAUCAGUAGAUUUAAUCGGAGUGAUUACAUCAAAAACCAACGAGGUAUUGAACAGAAACUCACAUUGUGCACCAUAUUUUCUUAAUAGACAAAGUAAUGACAAUGAAUGUUUAAUUGGAAUAUUAACAAGUCGCAAUGGUAAAUUAUGGUUAGAAGAUGGCGUCACUUCCGUUGUGUUGCACAUACACAACACUAACAACUGGAAUUGUUUACAUUUAUGUAAUAAACUAGUGCUGAUAUUGAAAUAUCACGUAGUCUGUGAAAUAUAUCCUGAUGGAAUAACAGAAUGCAUAUCAAUAGACUUCAAUGAAAUUAAAACAAUAUGUGAUAAUAAUGAUGAUGAAUUUAAGUUACCUGCCCUUGUAACAGUAUUAAAUAGAGACAUGGGGAGCCGCCAUUUUGUUUAUGAGUUUGUAAUCGUAGCAAUUUCUCCAGCAAAUUUGAUUUUCAGUGAAAAAUCAUUAGAAGUAUGGAUUGUUACACAAAUGUAUACAGAAUACAAUAAAACUAGUGAUAGUUUUGAUGAAAGUUCAAUGAAAAGAUGUAAUAUUGCACUUGGCGAAGAGUAUUUAUCAACUGUAGCGUUUUUAGACAUUGGAUGGACUUAUAGAUUAUACACACAUGAAGCAUUAUUUGAUUGGAAUCAUGGAAAGAUUUUUGGUUUAAAAUUAGACCAACCAGGAGCAUAUUUCAUUCCAACUGGAAAGAAACAAAAUAUGGAUGUUAAAACAACUAUUCCGAGUGAAUCAUGCACAAUUAACAUAAAAGCAACAAUAGAUUCUCAUUUUUUAAAUAAAUCAGACACGUUUAAAGCUGAUUCAUCAACCGGAAGUACAAAACAUGGAAGUUUCGGAAUGAUGGCUAAAGAUUUUCAACAUAGGUUAAGUUUAACAUUCUCAGAUGGACAAAAGGCUUCAUUUUAUUUGAAACAUUGGGAAAAGAAGCUCACACCAGAAGGAUUACAUCCAAAUGUUAUUUUGUUGAUUACGAACGUUCAUUUUACUGGGAAAUAUUUCAUUACUACUGAAUUUACUAAUAUUAAAGUUGUUGGUGUGCAAGAUGCUUUAAAACAUUAUGUUACAGCAAAUUUAAAUGAAACAUACAAAGGAAAAACGCAGUAUGAAAGCAUAUUAUCCAGUAAAAUACUAGCUAUGAAGUAUUAUACCUAUUUAAGGACUAAAGUAUAUGUUAAAAAUGUUAGUGGGAGCGUUAAUUUAGCUCUUAAAGACUUAAAAUUGACUUUUAAUGUUGGAGACAACAAUGGUGUCUGUGAGUUAAAAUGUAAAAAAUUCCAUCUUUUGUUUAAAUUUAUGGAUAUCCAUGAUGAGGAAGAGAUAAAACAGUAUGAAUUACAUGGACAAUACAAGAAAACCAUCCAAUUUGAUGAAAUUACUCAGAAUGAAGAAAUUCAAAAAACUUUGCCGUUUCUUCACCUCUGGCUGCAACAUUUGUACUAUAAAUUACAAUUCGGGCUUGUUUCACUUGAUAUAUUAUGUAAAAAACAGUUGGAUGGUAGUUGGACAAUCGAGGAUGUUUAUAAAGUUAAUUAAAACGAUUAAAUUAAUGAAAAUUUACAAUUUUAACACAAAUGUUUGGUUAUGUUUGCAAAAAUUAUAUUUUUACUUAAGUUUUCACGUUUAGAGUUGUUUUUAUUAAUAUAAUCAUUAACCACGCACUAAAUCAAGAAAUAAAUGCGUGCUUUGUAUUC